GCCGGCCCUGAAGAGGUAUCGAUCGCUCUUACUCUGUGUCGUUUCAUUCAUGUUACGGUGCGCGACUUCACGAUGUAGCGCCAGGAUAUCGGGACCGCACGGCUGAUUAGAUCGCCCGCGACAUACCCCCGUUCUCGCCCCGUACGCGUCCGCCGAUCGAACGCGCGCGACGUCAAACACCCGCGUCGUUUUCUCGGAGUGAUAUCCCGUUCAUUUUUCUUCUCUCCCUUCUCCCUCUCUCUUUUUUUCGGCCACAGUUCUCGCAACAUUAUCCCUCUCUCUCUCUCUCUCUCUCCCGGGACGAGGAACGUGGAGCCCUCGCGGGAGCGGGCAUCGAAGCGCGCGCGGCAACAACAGCGCCAAGAUGGCAUUUGCCACGAGCACAGCUGUUGUUUACCCACAAACCCGUGUGCUGGUGGGCCACUGGCGGCAGCAGCAGCAACAACUCGCGGUAACGGGUCACUGAGGGAGAACGCGAGUCGUGCGGCGCGACGCAGCCUCCUCGUCGGGAUGAUGGAAGAUGCUCGCGAGUGAGCGGGUUGGACUAGCGAACGCUCGCUACGCGAAAGUGACGUGACGGUGGCGACGGCGGCGAGGAGGACGGUGGUCGUCGUGGUGCUUCGAGGCGAGAGCGUACGCGCGAGAGAGCACUCGAUGGAAGAGGUUAGCGAGGCUCGCGACGGCGGAAGUCACAGCAGCGGGCACGAAUCGCGCGCGAGAAACUAACCGAGUCGCGUUCGCCAUCGCUCCGAGGAUCCAGGACGACGGCGAAGACGGCGGGACGGCGAGGGGUCGAGAGCCGAGAGGAGUCGAUAUCGAAGGAGGAAGUGUCCAAGUGUCACCAUGAAUGCCAGGACACAGCUAUUCGAAUUGAGCAUGGAGGGACGUCAGGUGGACGAAGCGGUGGCCAGUAUAUUCCACAGCGUUCUCUUUCACCGGAGCUUCGGGAAAUUCAAGUACAAACAGGAGGGCAGCUAUUCAGUGGGCACUGUGGGAUACCAGGACGUGGACUGUGACUUCAUCGACUUCACUUACGUCUGCUGCUCGUCGGUGCACCUUGACCAGACGUUGAAGCGCGAGAUCUCAGGCUUCUCGGAGGCCCUGCGUUCCACCGACAGUCCGGGCUCCGGCCAGAUCUCCUUGGAAUUCUUCCAACGCAAGAAGAACCGCUGGCCGUUUCAGCCGGAAUGCAUACCGUGGGAGGUAUGGACGGUGCGUCUCGAGCUGAUCAAACUGGCGACCGAGCACGAGCGGCAGAUAUGCCGGGAGAAGGUCGGCGACCUGCUGACCGACAAGAUCCUCUAUAUCACCGAGGUGAUGAAUCGGCACGACUACAUACCGAAAGUGCCGAGCCAGGCGGAGCUGGACCUGAUCUUCGACACCUCCUACCCGGACAUACAGCCGUAUCUCUUCAAGCUGUCCUUCACGACCUCCGGCCCGUCGAGCACCACGAUGGGCAACACGAUGAAGAAGUUGAUACGAGAGACGCUGUCCAUUUAGUCGUAACGCAUAGUCGUUUGGAUUUCGACACGUUGGCACGUUCGUAGCUUAGAAGUUGUCUGGAAAACGCAGGACUCGUUCUCACCUUUCUUGCUGCGACCUGCGCGAGAUCGCCCUUUCCUUUUCUCGUUCUCUCUACGUUACACCAUCCGCGCGAGAUUGAUUCUCUCGUUCACAGACGAUCGUAAAUAUAUUCCUCACGAUUUUUAGCCGUCUUAGAUUUUAGUAGGUCACUUCUUGGCUCUCCGAGUUGAUCCGCGGAAUUUUGCAAGUCCGCGCCACGAAGGAAAUAGAGUGCGAGUCCCGCGGAUUUCAAUGUUCAUCCGCUCCUAACAAACAUUCGUCAGAAAUUCUCGGCCCACUUCGUUCGUUCCUUUUGUAUCAGCGGACUCUGUUGAACUCUUUGGUAGCGUGUAUGUUCUCGAUAACGAUGACGAUAGUUGUAUCCCACGACAUGACGCGGAAACAAUACUUCUUGCCGAAAUUACGUGGAACAAAUGGGGGAUAAGAGUCAAAUUGCAGGCCCGGUUUGCAUAUAUUUGCAAGAAAUUCUACAAGUAGGCGACCUUUGUGCAUCGAAUUAUCCUCAAUAUGUCGCGUAAUAACUGUGACUAUUAAUGAUGCUACAUUAUCGGGCCGAUUCUUCAUAGCUAUAACAGCCGUCUCAGUUCGUUCCUCCAAGACUCCGGGCGUUCGGUUGCCUACCGGAUCCGCGAAUUCCUUCGCCGGCCCAAUGUCUCUCGCAGUCUGUUCUCCUUCGUUUCUUCAGGAUCUCCGUCAAAGGAAAGAUCCACCAUCACGUUCCACUUGGUUUCUCGCGGAAUGGAACCUCUCAGACACAAGAUCUCCUGGGCGAGCAGCCACCACAUCAGACCGACAUUGUGCAGACUUUUGGUGUCGCAGGGGAUAGCAAUGUCUGUGAACUCAUCGGUGAUUGGUGAAUGCAGCAGGAGUGAAAAACGACGAAUAGAAGAAGUGAACCCUUUGGCCCUUAUGCUGGCAUCUUGUUACAAAGAUUUCACUGAGAUGUUUAACCAUGAUAGCAUAAGCUGCCAGUAAUAGCUUUUCUCACGUAUGGCGAAAGCUGAUGGCGUUAACGCCUGCAUCAUCACUUCUUUUUUUUUUUUGUAGACCUAUCGUUCUAACUGAAAAUUUACAUUUCCGGCAUCCAGAUGGGGGUGCCAACAUCUUGGUAACAUCGUCCCCUUUCAGAGCUAACGCAUCUAAACCUCCCAACAUCGGGACGCUUUGAUUGAAUUACGAGUCAAUGUUGUCAGAUGCUACCAAAAGACUCCCAACUGAUAACUAAUAAGUUAGCUACUAGUAAGGUUUAUCGUGAUAUCCGUGCAAACUCGAAUCUGCGAUUUGGCUCUUUUUAAAUACCGGCCAUUUGGCUCAUGUAAUUUUGAUUUUCGUCAAGGAGUCUUGCAAUCAUUCGAUCGAAAUACUUCGUACAUUGCAGGGACUUCCGCCCCCGCUGCGUAUCUCUAAUUCCUCAUAGUACAAAUCCAUACAACACGCUCUCGAUGCACCUCCGCUUCCUUCGUAUCUUACUGUGAACGUCCGUCGCGUAAUUAUUUUAGCAGGAUCACCGGUAGGCACACGUGUUUUACACGAGGAUCUUUCACGUUAUACCUCUUGAUUUCACUUAAACUCUCCCACAGGCGUCAAAUCCCCGUGGCGGAGCGACAUUAUGUUCCUCUCACUUCUCACUUAUAUCCUUCCUCGAACAUAGUGUAAAUACGGGUAGAAUAAAUUCGAGCGUAAACCUC